UUGAACUCAACAAGUGGGAAGAGGAGGAAGCCGCCCGCCAGCAGGAAAUUCAACGCCAGCUGGCAGAGGCAGAGGCAGCACGGCAGCAGGCCCCAGCAGAAGCUGCAGCAGCCGCACGGUUGCAACAGCAGCAGGUCGAGGCAAGUCAACACCAAGCUCAUUACUAAGCCACGAUGGACCUUGCACACGACGAAGUCACGUAUGGCAGGCUACUUCGACGACAGCAUUUCCAAGAAAUCGAAGAACGAGAAGAGCCGACCGAGGAAGAAAGUAACAAGGAAGGUAUAGCAGUACUGAUGGAGAAUCUGUUGUACACGUGCAAUUGGCAGCAACGUGAACUGCUGGCCAUGCGGCAGAUCUUCAUCCGCCAUGAAACAACAUUCAAGACAUUGGACAAGAUGAUCACUACCCUGCAGGCUGAGAUCAGCACACUACACGCCGCCAACAACCAGCAGCAGACACUCAACGACCAGUUGCAGACCGAUGUCAGCAUAGGGUUGGCAGAACUGUCUGCAGCUGCGCCAAUGGGCAGUGCAGUGGUAGACUGCAGCCCAGCUUUGGCCGCGCAGGCCAAGCAACUCGAAGAGCGGAUCAACCACGUGGUCGCAUCCCUCGGCGACAUCAGCAAGUUCGCUGGAGCAUCGACAGUCAGCAAUCAGCUGCAGGCGCUCAGCGACCGCGUUGAGCAACGACCGGCCGCUGUCGCCAAGGAAUGGAAGAUGCCAAACUUCAAGAUCGAGAAGUUUGAUGACUAUCACAAGACUGAUCCGCUGCAAUGGUGGAUGGCUUCCAACGCGGAAGCGGAUGUACAUCACACCCCUGCACACCGGCGGCUUGACGCACUUUACCUCCAACUCAUCGGAGGGGCGCAGGCUUUCAUGACACACAUGGCCGUCACGUUGGAAUGCACCAUCGCCGACCUCCACACUAAGAUCACGUGGGAGGAAUUCGAGAAGAAAUGGAAGACCCGGUUCAUGGUCAACAAUGACAAACGGCACGCCAUGAACAAGAUCUUCCGAAUAUACCAAGGCCAGCAAACAUCGCGGGAAUGGCUGACGGAGUGGCAAAGACUCAUCGCCAACCCAGAGUUGAACCUACCGUUCGACUCAAUCCGGGCCGAGUUCUUCGCCCGGUCAUGCGACGCCUUGACAACUGCUUUGGGCAGCGAAUUCCAGUAUGAGACCUUUGAUGACAAGAUAUCAAAGGCAAGGGAGCUCAUACAGCGUAACCGGCGUGCGACCAAUGAGACCCGCCAACAGCCCGGUUACGUGGAGAAAGGAAAAGGUCAACGGACGCCGCAAGUAGCAGCGGUCCAGCAAGGACCAAGUGAGGACCCCGCAGCCGCGUCUACAUCAAGUGAUGGAGAUGUGGCGGCAGCGAUACCACCGCAACGCUCAAGACCCCGAGGGGGAAAACAAAAGGCGAAACCAGUGUCGGCACAUGGAGCACGACAGGCACCAUGGACGAAAUUCGGCAUUACCGAAGACAUGUUCAAGUUGCGACAGAAAUGGUCAUGCUGUUUGUGGUGCAACAGCACCAAACACAUCACCAGCGCAUGCCUCGACAAGGACAAGGAGAAUGUCAAACGUCCAAGUUUGAAACUGAGCACCACGGGAAGUGCAGCGACAUCACUUCCCAAUCCACCGGAGUCGGCUGGCUUGCUAGCAGUCUCUCUCAUAUUCGAGGAUGACACAGUAGUGGCAAGUUCUCGCAUUGAAUUUGAGAACUAUGCUGCCGAGCUGGUCCCACCGUUGAACCAGCCUCUCCACGUGCAAGAUUCAAGCGCAUGCACGGUAGUUCCGCCGUCAGACAACGAACUGGUUGCUUCGCCAGCCCUUCUAUCGGAGGAUCCGUCAACUUCGGCGAGUCUUGAGGAACUCGACCCCUUGACGGUUGAGGACUUCCAAUGGUUGCCUCUUUCCCUCCACCGGUUCUUUGCCAACUCUGCAUUGCAAUGCCCUAAUCGCACAUUUGCGCGAAUACUUGCACGCUGCAGUACCACCUCCGUCGACGGAUGGCGGACAUGCGAGGCCGUGUCGUUCGACAUAUUGGACACCAAGUUUGAUAUGAUCCUAGGCAUGUCGUGGCUGCAAAGCGAAGACCAUCCGAUGAACUUCCAUCAACGCACCGUUCACGUUCGUGAUCGACGUGACGAACUAGUCUCGCGUACGAUGCCGCUUCCUCAUCCUUCGAUUGGUUGUCACGUGGUAUCCGCGGCGAGCAUUCGCCAAUCCAUCCGGCGGAACGACAUCGAGGAGAUGGGCAUAUGUUUUCUUCACGCCCUCCCACCUGGUGAUCAGCCCAAGAUGGAUACGUCGGACCCACGCAUCAUUGAGCUGUUGGACAGCUAUGAGGAUGUCUUCCAAGCUCCCGCCGGAGUCAUACCGGAUCGGCCCAUACGCCACGGGAUCACUCUCGAGGACGGCGCCGUACCUCCGCGCGGAUGUAUCUACCGCAUGAGCGAAGAGGAACUUCAAGUGCUUCGGGCACAAAUAAACGACCUCUUGGCCAAGGGCUGGAUUCGCCCUAGCUGUUCGCUAUACGGUGCUCCCGUUCUCUUCGUCCGGAAGAAGAACAAGGACCUUCGUUUGUGCAUCGAUUAUAAGAAACUUAACGUGCAAACGAUCAAGAAUGCUGGCCCUCUCCCUCGGAUCGAUGAUCUUCUCGAGCGACUAGGCGACGCCAAGUACUUCUCAAAGCUUGACCUCAAGUCCGGAUACCACCAGAUCGAGAUCCAGCCAAGAGAUCGGUACAAAACCGCAUUCAAGACGCGGUAUGGGCACUUUGAGUGGAUCGUCAUGCCUUUCGGUCUCACCAAUGCCCCGGCUACUUUCCAAGCGGCUAUGACUACGGAAUUCCACGACUUGCUCGACCGCACCGUACUCAUUUACCUUCAUGAUAUCUUGGUCUAUAGCCGGACGCUGGACGAGCACCUCGAGCACCUUCGCGCCGUAUUGGAGCGGCUCCGUAUCGCCAAGUACAAGGGAACCACGACAAAUUGCCCGGACCUCAAGUGUACUACUGACGUUCGCUCCUUUCUCGGCUUGGCAUCAUACUACAUGCGCUUCGUCAAAGGAUUUCAAUGCAUCGCUGCACCAUUGUCGCGACUUCAGUCCCCCUUGGUGCCCUUCGAGUUCAGCGACGAAGCCCGGCAUGCGUUUCACACGUUGAAGACGGCUUUGCUUCAAGCUCCCAUCUUAAGCAUCUAUGACCCGACCUUGCCCACCAGAGUGACUACGGACGCUUCCCGCUACGACAUUGGCGUGGUUUUGGAACAACAUGACGACACUGACUGGCAUCCGGUUGAGUACUUCAGCCAAAAGGUGCCACCCAUCAACACUCGUGAUGAUGCGAGGAAGGAGCUGCUAGCUUUUGUCACCGUACUUAAGCAUUGGCGUCACUUUCUCCUCGGGCGUCAGCAAUUCACGUGGGCAACGGACAACAAUCCGUUGACGUAUUACAAGACGCAAGAUACGGUGAGCAACACGAUUGGUCGAUGGAUGUACUUCAUUGACCAGUUCCACUUCACCUCCAAACACAUUCCCAGCUCCUCGAACAAGGCAGCGGAUGCUCUCUCGCGAAGACCUGAUCUUUGCGCCUUGGUGCACUCCACAUCCGGCCUCGACGAGAACCUGCAACAACAUUUUGUAGACGGAUACAAGUCAACUCCGGGAUUCUCCACACUCUAUGCGGACUUAUCAUCGGAUCACCCGCCGGCAAGCAACUACCGCAUUGUCAACAGCUACUUGCUCCUCCAUACACGAGGCAAGGACUUGUUGUGUGUUCCCCAAGACCGCAUCUUGCGCACUCGCCUCCUUGGCGAAUACCACGAUUCGCGGCUGGCGUCACCUUCUCGUCGCUCUCACACUUGCACGACUCCGCCAACGAUUUCACUGGUCGGACAUCAUCAGCGACGUCAACAGCGACCGUUCAUGUCGGCCUUUUGGACGACACUCAUGGCGGAAUCCGGCACCAGCAUGAAGCCGAGUUCCGCACGGCAUCCUCAAACGGAUGGGCAAACGGAACGUGAGCACCAGACUGCGCAGAUGAUGCUCCGCACACUCAUCCGCCCGGAUCAGAAGGACUGGGUUGACCGCCUUCCAAACAUCCAGUUCGCCUACAACACUUCGGAGCACCCGGCGAUUGGCGUGACUCCAUUCGAGUUGCAUCACGGUGGACGAAAAGGACGUAUCUUCGCAGGCAUUUUGCUUCCACGGGCAGCCAAUAUCAACGCCGCUUGCUCCGCCGCUUCUACACGGAAGUUCAAGGAACUGUUGGCCAAAGCCCGCGCAAACAUGCAAAGGGCCCAGGUCUAUAUGCAGCAGCAAGCGAACCGGCGUCGCAUCCCAUGUCCAAUCCGCGUUGGCGACCUAGUUUGGGUCACCUCCGAGGAAUUCGCGGUCGAGCAGCACGUCUCGCGCAAGUUCCUCCCUAAGUGGUUUGGACCAUGGAAGGUCACUUCAGCAGUUGGCGACGACCCCGCGGGUCCAUCUUUCAUCAUUGAGAUUCCCCUGCAUUUGACAGUCCAUCCGAUAUUUCACGCUUCAAAGCUGGCUGUCUACACGCCAGCCUCCGAAGCGGACUUCCCAAGCAUCACAGGACCCUCCUUCAAUGGAUGAUCAUCAGGAGGUCGACCCCGUUCUCACGCAUCGCAAGCAUGGCAACAAGCCUAUGCAGUACAAAGUCAC